AACCUUGUGAUUUGGACGUGAUUCAAAAUGCCUAUUUCUCCUCGCCUUUGUGGGGUAUUCCAUGUAAUAAUUCCUUAGUGCCUAAUCUAUUUCCUAGCAACUGGUCAGAUUGUCAUCAGUAUGUGCAUCGCAUGUUAUUGGCAUUGACCUUGGAACCACGAACUCAUGCGUCUCGAUAAUGGAGGGUAAAUGCGCUCGAGUGCUCGAGGAUUCAGAAGGCAAUCGAACUACUCCGUCAGUUGUUGCUGUCACUGCAUCCGGUGACAUCCUUGUGGGUCAUCCAGCAAGACGUCAAAUUAUUAGCAAUCCUGAAAACACUUUUUAUGCAACAAAACGUCUGAUAGGUCGACGAUUUACAGAUCCUGAAGUACAGAAAGAGAUGAAAAACUUCGCCUAUCCUAUUAUCGAAGGAAUGAACUCAGAAGUAUCCAUGAAUGUGUAUGGUAAGAUAUACUCUCCAUCAGAUGUGGCGUCUAUUAUUUUGAAGCAAAUGAAAGAAAUUGCCGGUAUGUGGUAAAUUUGUCUUGGGCCUGUCUAGUUUUACAGAACGCUAUUUAGGAAGUGCAGUAACUAAAUGUGUUAUUACAGUUCCCGCAUACUUUAAUGACUCUCAAAGACAGGUAUUCAUGUGUAUGCAAGUUUUUUUUAUAGGAUCUAUGAAUAGGCAACUAAAGUUGCUGGGGAGAUGAUUGGUUUAGAGAUCCUUCGCAUUAUUAAUGAACCUACUGCUGCAGCCCUCGCUUAUGGUUUAAACAAAUCUGAUGAUAAAAUGUGAGCCUUUUUUACAUGUUACCUAAAAACUUAACGUCAGCAUAGCUACCUAUGACUUAGGAGGUGGUACCUUCGAUGUAUCAAUCCUUGAGAUUGAAAAGGGUGUUUUUGAGGUUAGAUCAACAAACGGGGAUACGCUCCUUGGUGGCGAAGACUUUGAUAACAGAAUCCUUGAAUUUUUAGUUACACAUAUCAAGGAUAAGGUACUUAUGUUUCUGUUAAUAAAAAGUAUUUAGCUUGGAUUCGAUGUCACCGAAAAUGUUGUUGCAAUGCAGCGGUUAAAAGAAUCAGCAGAGAUCGCUAAGAUCGAGCUGUCGGAUGCAAGUGAAGUAGUAGUAAGUUUACCAAAUCUCUAUCAGGACUCUUGUGGACCAAAUCAUUUAUCCAUAAAACUCACGCGUACCCAAAUUGAAACUCUGGUUGAAGACUUAAUUCAGCGAACAGUGCUACCUUGCCAGAAAGCCCUUCUAGAUGCUAAUUUAAAACCCCAUCAAGUAGAUGAAGUUAUACUGGUUGGUGGUAUGACACGUAUGCCAAAAGUUCAAGAAGUUGUGCAGAAGAUAUUUGGACGAGUUCCUAACACAACUGUUAAUCCAGAUGAAGCAGUUGCUAUUGGUGCUGCCAUACAGGGUGCAAUUUUGUGUGGUGCUAUCUCUGACGUCUUACUUCUAGAUGUAACUCCAUUAUCCCUGGGAAUUGAGACUUUAGGUGGUACCAUGGCAAAAAUGAUCGAUCGUAAUACAACUAUUCCUUCUAAAGUUACUCAGAUCUUUACAACUGCUGUUGACAAUCAAACUCAAGUUGAAUUUCGUGUUUAUCAAGGUGAAAGAAAAAUGGUAGCAGAUAAUAUACUUCUAGGUGAAUUCACUUUGGUAGGACUUCCACCUGUACCUCGUGGUGUAGCACGAAUUGAAGUCACAUUUGAUAUUGAUGCCAAUGGUAUUGUAAGUGUAUCAGCAAAAGAUAUUGAUACAGGCAAAGAACAAAAAAUUAUAGUGAAUACAUAUAAUCCUAGUGGAAUUGAUAAAACUGCUGUCGAUGAGAUGAUUAAACAAGCUGAACAAAAUGAAGUAUCUGAUCAACAAAAGUUAAGACUAAUUGAAGUUAUCAGUCGAACUUAUUCAUUGAUUGAAGAUGUUGAAGACAAGGUGGAACAAUUCAAAGUUAAACUUCAUGAUCAACCUAGAGAAAAUAUACUGAAAUUAUUAGCUUCUACUAAAGAUAGAUUGAAACAAGCAAAUAACAAUCAGUUGACUGUUUCUGAUGUUCAGGAUAUGGCGAAUAAAAUUCAAGAAGCUACUUUAACUCUUUUCAGUGAAGAAAAUAUCAAGAACUGAUAUCACAUCCUCUACGGAUUUUGCCUGUACAGUAAAAGGAUACUACUAAGUCUUAAAGAAUCCACAUAGAAACACAAGUUGGUAUAUAUGCUACACUAUCAAAUCCAUCCAUGAUUUGUGAACUAUUUUCUUUCAUUUUUUUAAAACCUUGUUUUAUUUAUUCAUUUUUUACCAACGUUGCUCAAAGCUAUUUCUUCGUAGUGAUAGAUAUUUGUAGAUUUGGCCUAACUUUAAAGAAAUCUACUCCAUGAUUGUACUU